AUGGAAUUUAUAGAUGGUGUCAUGGAAAAGGUAUUAUCUGGUUGCCCUAACUUGGAGUACUUAGAAUUGGAGGAUUUUUCGGGCAUAUAUCGUUUGGAAAUUAGCUCCGUGAAGUUGAGAGAAUUGAUUAUACGUGAGUAUAAAAAUGAGAACCAUGAUCUAGAGCUCAAAUUAUUAGCCCCCUACAUUAAAAAAUUGCAAAUUGUGGGGUUGUGCAGUGAGAUACGCAUCAUAAAUGUGGCAUCACUUGUUACUGCAAUGCUUCGUUUAGAUUUUGAUUUUUAUUUGGGGGAAGAACAGAACUUGGAGAAGGAAACUAGUCUUUUUAAGGAGCUUCUUCACAGCGUUGCCCAUGUUGAGAAUCUUACGCUGGGAUCCUGGUGCAUCGAGUGCUUUUCCAUCUUGGAGUUGAAAGGGUGGGAGUUUCCACCAUCAAGCCGGAAAUUCUUAGAACUUGGUGUGGAAUUUAAACAGUUGGACUUUCCUGGAAUUUGCUGCUUUCUACAGAGCUCACUGGAUCUUGAGACAUUGGUCAUUGAUUAG